AUGAGUUCUCCUACUAAAGAAGAAAGCGAUCCAGAUGAAAAUGCCCAUAAAAAUUCUGAAAAUGAGUCUUCUAAUGACUGUAAUACAGACAUGGAGUCUCCAUCUGCUGAUCCCAAUAUGAUCUAUCAGACAGGAAUCAACCCAAUAAACAGGGAGCCGGGCACAUCAACCGCCCAGGAAGAUGUUGUUCCUCAAGCAGCAGAAGAUAGUGAGCUUGAAACAGAGAUUCAAAAAGAUCCUCAACUAGAAGACAUCAAAGAAGAGGAGUCUCUUCUACUUCAGAUCCCCAUUCCUAGAAAAUUUGUUUCUCUGAUGUCAGGAUUAAGGAGAAUGCCCUAUUUGAGAAUCCUGCUAGUAAACAUUGACAAAAAUGGGCCCUUAAAUGAUAGAUCAGGAUCCCACUCGGGCAAAGUUGAAAUGAAAACAAACAAUUUCCGUCCUAGCACUAUAAAUGACAAAACCCGUUUUCAACUCACAGUUUCAUGGAGAGUCCCAUUUUUUAAAAAUCGUGAGAUAAGAAAUAUGAUGCUCCGCCUGCUAUGUGGGAGAUAUUUCUCUCAGGCUGCAGGGUGUCAGAAUACCAUGUGGGUAAAGCAAAAAUAUAUAGCUUGUCUUUACCAUCCAAAUAGUUUCACCCAUACUGACAGAGCCAUAAUAUUUGGAAGGCCUUUUAGGGAGCACUACUAUCAUCCCCACAUUGAGAGAAUGACAUCUGGAAGAGUUUACAAAUCAAUUAACCCUAAAGGGAAAUACAGAUUCCGAAUUGUUGUGAGUCCACUGAUCUAUAUUUCACGGAUCCAAAUUCAAUGUAUUUUUAGUAUAAAGGGUUUUGUGGAUAUUUCUAGAUCUAAUCAUAACUUGAGGGUUAUGCUCAUAAACACCAAUAAUGGUUGGAAAUAUUUUUGUCCUAUCUGUAGAAGGACAUUUAACAUUCUCUUUGAACUUAGACAACAUUCAUGCAAUUUUCUUGGAAAUUAAGUAAAAUUUCAGUAAAUUCAUUUUAAAAUGUAACUUCCAAAAAUUCAUAAUUUGACUACCAAAGUAAGACAAAAUUGCAUGAACAUAAAUUUUAGUAUUAUCAGAUAAAUUGGCAGAAAGGAACACAAACUAAUAGUACAUCUCAGUAAGAAACACCUAUGAGGAAGGAAGAAACCUCUGUUUAUACUGUGCUUUUGAAAAUACAUCAUUGAAAUAUCAGUCCAGUCAUCUGUAUUGAGUCAGCAGUUGAAUCAAGUAAAUGUUUUCAGUUUCUUAACAUCUUUUUCUGUAGACAGAAACAUUGUUAACAUAAAAUAGUCCAAGUAAACAGGAUUCUGACUAAGAUAGCAAACAUAUAUUGGAAGGUCAGAUAAAAUUCUACCAGGUGUUUCCAGAAAUUCUGCUAAAUUUAACAUCUGUUAUGUUCUGCAUAUAUUAAAUAAAAAUCAAUUUAAAGG